GGCGGCCUUUGCUGCAGUCGUCGAUCAAUCCUCCAAACGCCGCAGUUUGCGACAACGACACCUCUCAACUAAGCGAACCCCCGCUGCCCCUCUCCAUCGCUUCAUUCAACAGCCUCGUUGGAAAGCCCUGUCGCUAUUACUUUCGAAUUCUUUCAUCGAUCCGAGACGGGCACUUCUAGAACCCCCGCGCUUCUGUUCUAUUCACGACAAAAAGAGGCACAUACCCCAGCUAGCUGCCGGAUGCCGCAGCCAUCAGCCUGAUCAAAAGUGUUCGGAAGGCGCGUGGCUAUCUCACCACCUUUUUGAUCUACGAUUUGGUUACCAAGGCCUCAUAAUGUCGAGCCACGACAUGAUCACGGACGACUACGUCGCCGACUUGCUCGCCAAAGAGGCAGUCAUGGGCAGGGCAGACAAGAAACCGGCAAACAUGCCCAAACCAAACACUCGUUUCCUACGCCACAUUAUCAAGGACACGAAUACGCACAACAAGAACCUCCUAGCUAAGGAGGCCGCCGAGUCUCGCGCGCGCUUGAAGGAUCUGGAACAUGCCGAGGAGAAGGAGAGGCGGAGGAAGGCAGGCCCGCAGGACAUUCGAAAGAGACAGAUGGGAGACAUCCUAUCUAUCUUGGGAGACCGCAAGGACAGGGUCAGGCCCAGCCGAUCAGGAACAUUGAACGACAAGUCGCACAAGAAGGAAGACUCGCCACCUCGGAGGGCACAUCACAAAGAACGCCGGAGCGAAUCUCCAGAACGCGAGAGCGGUAGGAAGCACCGCCGGAGUAGAAGGGACGAGUCGGAUUCGGAGCGGGACGACCGUCGACGACACAAGAGCGAUCGGCGGAGGUCACGCUCACCCGACGAAAAGCACAGGAGGCACCGCCAUCGGUCGCCAAUCGAGGAUAGAGAGACUGCGUCAAAGUCACGGCGCAACGAAAGGGAAAGGAGACGAGACGAAGAGGGACAGGACCUGAUGUCGAAGGGUCAUCGGUCACGCAGAGACCGCAGCCGGGAGAGGCCACAGUCAGGAUUCUCGAUUAAGGGCAGCAGCCGUCGCCGCGACGGAGGGCGAGUGCACGAGCAGGAGCCCCAGACGACAACAUCAGACUCGGAUCCGUUGGACGAAUUCAUUGGGCCGGAACCACCGCAGCAAGUCCGUUCGCGCGGCCGGGGCACCGCCAUGGGGGCCUCGGGUAUCGACAAGCGCUUUGAAGCAGACUACAACCCCAAAACAGACGUGGAGAUGGCCGACGACGACAAACACCCGGGAGAGAACUGGGACGACGCCGUGGAAGCGUUCAGGGACAGGCAGAAGUGGCGGCAGAACCAGGAGGAGCGGAUGCGGGCGGCCGGGUACACCGACGUGAUGCUGAAGAAGUGGAGGGAGGGCGGUACGGCCGACGAGCAAAAGGACGAGCGGGAUGUGAGGUGGGCCAAGGCCGGGGAGAAGCGGGAGUGGGAUCGCGGCAAGGAGGAUGGGUUGAGCGGGUUGUUUUCUGAGUUCAAUUGAGUCCCUGAGGCGCGAGGCGGUGGACCUAGCUUUCUUGUUGCAUUGCGUUCGUCGUUUAGGAAGCAGGCUUUGGGUCAUGGCCAGGAGGCGUCUGCAUUGUUGAAUUGCAUCCCGGGGUAUUGCUUGAAGCAUUUGCAUUAGUUGGAUGGAGUUUUGGUACGUUGAUGAUCGAUGAUGAAUUUCACUUAAUGUCUCGUUAUGGAAGCGCGGUGUACCUUGAGCGGUAAAUACAUGCGAGUAGCUGUAGAGGG